AUGUUCUCAGAAGAGAUGGAAUCUCGUUUAGGAAACUCAACUUUUGUUUUGAUGGCAACUUCUGAAUCAUCAUCUGAUGAUAGUCUCUUCGUGUAUGAUUGCAUCAAUGCGGAGAAGACGACCGUAGGAAAUAAAGGACAGGAUGGAAACCCGACAGAUAAAGGAAGUGAUGACAUCCUAGCUUUUGCCUUUUCCCCAUCAGGAGAUUAUUUUGCCUUGACAGAUGACAGCAAACGUCUGAUUCUGUUCCGUACAAAGCCUUCCUGGGAAUGUAUUAGCGUCAGGUUGGUGAAAAGGAGAUGCACUUCCCUGAUUAUUACAGCUGCAGAUGAUAAGAUUCUGGUUGCAGACAAGUCUGGUGAUGUUUAUUCUUACUCAAUAACAGACUCCCAAGCAGAAGGAAAACUUGAGCUGGGUCAUUUGUCUCUGCUACUGGAUGUGGCGCUGAGUCCUGAUGACCGGUACAUCCUAACUGCAGACAGAGAUGAGAAGAUCAGAGUCAGCUUGGCAAAGGCUCCUUAUAAUAUUGUGUCCUACUGUCUGGGACACAAAGAGUUUGUAAGCAAAAUACUUGUAAUACCCAACUAUCCUGACCUGCUCUUGUCAGCUUCUGGGGACUCGACUCUGAGACUUUGGGAGUACAAAAGCGGGGAAGAAGUGUACUGCUGUCAUCUAAGUAGCAUUUGUGGGCCUGAGACAACCAAACCUGACCAGAAGUACCCUGUGUCAAGAAUAACCUACUGCUGUCAAGGUGAUUAUGUUGCCAUUCUCUGUGACUGUAUUCCCACAGUCUACGUCUUUCAGCUUGAUGCCAUUGCCCAGCAGCUAAUUUACAGACAGCAAAUCUCUUUGAAACAUAAAGUUUGGGACAUUGCAUUUGAGGAAACAGGAGAUCUAUGGAUUUUUGAGGAAGACAGUGAAGCUCCUCUUCAAUUGUACAGACCAUGUGAUGGACAGUGGAAGCCUGUAACUGAUGACAAAGGAUUACAGAAAAUGUCAAAAUAUCUUCAAGACAACUGGACAGUGUUUGAAGGUUUUGUUGGUGUAGAGAGACACUACGACAGUCUCUACAAGGCCUCAUUUGAUAACAUGGCCGCCUAUCUACAGAGGAAAGAGGAAAGGUUACAGCAGCAGAAAAAGAAAAGGCAGGAGGAUCUGCAACGUGGUUCGAAUGGAGAAACAAAAAAGAUGAAGACUGAAGAAUCAUCACUAUGA